ACAUCCAUUCUGAUUGCAUCCCGGUUAUUAAACAGUGCAGUCAGGUCCAGUUUGUUCAUCCAGUCGAUGAAAGGAAACCCAUCAGAAUCCAUCGGAUCGCAGACUCAUUGACUCCCUCCUCCUGAGCAGGCAUGUGGUGACAGUGGAAAGGAAAACCUCCAGCAGAACCAGAACCACUGACUGGAGGUUUGGGCAGACACAAAAACACAUAUCCGGGAGUACUUUCAUUGUUAAAGAAGGAUGCAGUACUCCUUCAGGGUCUGGGUUUCCAGAACCCCCUGGGUUAUUCCGUUUUUAGAGUUUACUAUAACAACCUCGAUCCAGGACGGAUCAGAUCCAGUUUUCCUCACAUCCAGACAUCAAACAGUUGUGGAAAACUGGGAGAAGUCUUUCAGUCAGUGUGAGGGUUAUAAUUCCUCUCCACACUGACAGGAAUGUCUUUCAGGAAUGUUUUCCUUGGCGCUGCGCAGUUUUCCUCAGCAGCGCUUCAUAAUCAUCCUCUGACGUCACCUGCUGAUGAGCUAGUCCAAUCAGGGUCGUCCUGGACUGGUACUUGGUUCGGUCCGCCGCUGCUGGUACUGCAGAUGGAAGCAGCAUCAGGAGCAGUGGGAUCUUUACGCACCGGGAUCGAAAUUUCCUGCAACUUCCAGGAUGAUCCACUGGGUCCAGCGGUUCUGAUGUGGAAGGAUGGAGACACGGAGUUCUGGAGUCCGACACAUAUGCGCUCUGACUCUGCUGCUAGUCUCCGUGUGCCCGCUGUGCUGCAGUGCCAGCUGGAUGUGGCUGGGUGUGACCUCCGCGGGUGCCCCGGAGCAGCUGUCUUGCGGUGACCCGGUUCUGAGCGCCCGGCAGCGGGAGCUGUGCCGCAGGAAACCCUUCCUGCUUCCCAGCGUUCGGGACGGAGCCCAGAUGGCCGUGUCCGAGUGUCAGAACCAGUUCCGUCAGGAGCGCUGGAACUGCUCCACGUCCCGGGAGACCACGGCUGUGUUCGGCCACGAACUGACCAGCGGAACCAAAGAGACGGCGUUCAUCUAUGCAGUGAUGGCGGCAGGUCUGGUCCACAGCGUCACUCGUUCCUGCAGCCAGGGCAACAUGACUGAGUGUGGCUGUGACGCUCGACUGCGAGGCGGAGGUACGGCACCAGAGGGCUGGCACUGGGGUGGCUGCUCGGACCACAUCCAGUUCGGAACCUGGUUCAGCCGCAAGUUCAUGGACGAUUCUGUGAAGAACAUGUCGACGAGCCGGGGCGGGUACACGCUGAGCACCAUGAACCAGCACAACUGUGGGGCCGGACGACAGGCCAUCGAGAGGACCAUGUCCACAGAUUGUCGCUGUCACGGUAUUUCUGGUUCGUGCGCUGUGAAGACCUGUUGGAGGUCAAUGGCACCGUUCAAACGUGUCGGUGCUUACCUGAAGGAGCGAUAUGAGCAGAGCGUCCAGGUGUCAGACCGCUCCAGGAGGAAGAUGAGAAAAAAGGACCAGCGCCGCCCUGUUGACAAACACCAACUCAUCUAUCUGAAUAAGUCUCCGAACUACUGCCUGGAGGACCGGCGGCGGAGCAUCGCCGGCACACGUGGGCGCCGCUGCAACCGGACCUCCACCGGACCGGACGGCUGCAACCUGCUUUGCUGCGGCAGAGGCUACAACACUCAUGUGGUGAGAAACAUCCAACGCUGCGAGUGCAAGUUUGUCUGGUGCUGCUACGUCCACUGCAGGCGGUGUGAGAGCAUGAAUGACAUGCACACCUGUAAAUGAGUCUAUACCUGAAACACACCUGGAACAAUGAAACAGAGACAGUCCCAUAUGAAUGGAGGCUUCUGAUCAGACCAGGUUCUGACUGAAUGUGAGAAGCACAGCUCUACUUUAACAGAGUUAUGAUACAACAUGACCUGGAUAAAACCUGUAACCUCCAGGCAGGACUUGGACCUUCUCCAGAUAUUCUCUGUGGGACAGACCAAACAAGAUCUUCAGCUGGGAGAUUUUUAUUAGUUUUCUAGUUUACAGCUGCUGGAGUAGAACUCUUUAAAACCAAGGAUGUACUAAUACAGUAUUUUUUCACACCGAGUACAAGCAAAAGUACUUACAUUUGAGUACUUGCUGAUACUGAGAACUUUACGAGUACUGAUAUACCAAUACUCUUCUUAGAACUAAGUUAAAAAUCCUUUAUUUUCAUCAGGUACAUUUUAUCUUUAUCUGUUUAGAACUAUUGUCCCGUUUACUGGCCUGGAACUGACAGAACCACAGAGUUCUGUUGGUUCUGCAGAGUUACCACACCCGCAGGCCCACGUUAACCAGCUGGGUUGUGUGCAGCACACGGCAGGCCCAGGAGUCCAGCAUCAGUCAUGGCUUUAUCCAUGCACAACAUGAACAGAACCUUGACCAACCUCCCACAUCUGGAGCGUAUCACCAAACACAUCUGAAUGGCUCGGCUGCUGUUGGUACCCAGAAACCGUUGUUCAUGCAGGAUGAAUCUCUGCAGAGUAAACUCUUGGUCUCUCCACGGUGAAGCUAAUGAGGGACAGCGGGAUGACACUGCUCCUCCAAUUAUACAUGUGAGGCUAAGGCCUGAAAUGUCUUGGGAAGGCCAUGGAUGUUCCUCUUCACCAGGUCCUGUAGUUUCAGAAACGUUGUCUCUGAGAUGUGGUGGUGGCUAGGCAUCUCCUCAGCUUCAGCAUGCUGAGAAGAUGUAGAUAUCCCAUAUUGUUUGCAGCUGGUUCUUCUCCCACUCCUUCAGAGAUUGGUCCAAGGUUGGUGAACCGCUGCUAUUUGGAAGAUGUUUGAACCCAGCGUUGUUGGUUUCUAGAUGUUUUAUCAAACUACUUGUGCUACGUUUGUCACGUUCUUUCACUUGGAGAUACCUCUAAAACGCUGACAUAGCUCUUCCUCUGCUACCCUCUGCAUGGAGUCACACUCUCCAAGUGGUUUCAGGUACUUCUUUUUUAUGCAUUAUACAUUCAUUUUUAUGGUUUAUUACUGCCACCUACUGGAUUGCAGUAUGAGUGCACAGACUUAUACUGCUAUUGCAGGGGAAAUCUAGCUGCUGUCACCCUGGUAUCAGGUUCUGUAGUAUCAGAACACUCAUGAAUACGAGUGCUUGCACAAGGUUUCGGUCAGAAACCCGAUGCAGGGAUCGGUUCAUAUCUGCUUAAACACAGGUGAUCAUCUGAAUGAGGAAUUUGUAUGAUUAUUCAAUAAACUUUAUUUAUAUGUACAGAA